UGUUGUUGAGCCGUUUGACUAUCUGACUAUCUGUGCUUUCUAACCGGAUCACAAUCCAGAGCUUGCAUUAUGAGCUACCUUGACCAAUUGUUUGGGCUACACGGCAAGACCGCCCUCGUCACAGGAGCCACCCGGGGUAUCGGCGCUCGUUUGGCGCUUGCUCUGUCCAAAGCCGGAGCCGAUCUGAUCCUCGUUCAACGGAACGAAAGUAACACAUCGACUCGGGAACAAGUACGUAGCUCAGGUGGACCCGAAGGAAAGGGAGGCAAGGCAGAUAUCGUCGUCUGCGAUUUAGCAGAUAAAGAUCAAGUUGGAGGACUGAUCGAAAAAGUGACAAAGGGGAUGGGAAGAGAAUUGGAUAUCGUUGUGAAUUGUGGCGGUAUUCAACGACGUCAUCCCGUCGAAGUAUUCCCCGACGAUGACUGGAACGAAGUUCUCCAAGUCAACCUACACACAGUCUUCACCAUCACGCGAGACGCAGGUCGGCACAUGUUGGAGACUCGAGGCGGAGUCGCGGGUCAAGCACCUGUACAGUCUGCAAAUGGACAGAAAAAGGAUAAUGGGAAGAUUAUCAAUUUAUCGAGUCUCGUCGCUUUCCAAGGUGGUCUGAAUGUUGUCGCGUACGCCGCUGCGAAGCAUGGUGUUCAGGGCAUCGUCAAAUCAUUCUCCAACGGGUGGUCUUCAAAGGGUGUCAAUGUCAAUGCGAUUGCGCCAGGCUACAUCUCGACCGAUAUGAAUGAAGCGCUCAUCGCUGACCCCGUUCGAUCUCGUCAAAUUCUCGAACGGAUCCCAGCUGGAAGAUGGGGUACACCAGACGAUUUCGAAGGUGCCAUCGUCUACCUCGCCAGCAAAGCGAGUGACUACGUUUCGGGAGAGUGUCUCGUCGUCGAUGGUGGAUGGAUGGGAAGGUAAUGGCUGUGGGCUUGGACGGCUACCUGUGCUCGAGGACUGUUCUGCUCUCAGAGGCAGAUGUUGGGCUGGAAUGCAUGAGCUGAAUCU